UUCUUAUAUUAAAAAUUAAUGUUUUAAAUACUUUUUAUAAUAUUAGUUAUAUAUUUUCUGUCUUCUAGCACAGAUUCCUUAUGGCCUGAAAAUACUUAUUCAACAGUAUUAGCUGGGCUAAGUUUAAUUAAUUUAGGUAACAAAAGUAUUUGUUUAUAUUGUAAUGCGUGCUGUUCAUAAAAACAUAUCUUUUCUUUAUAAUUAAGAAUUUUCGUACAAGUACUUAUGCAGAACACAUUAUUACAGAGGGCGAAAUGAUAAUUCUAGAGGAUUCAGACUUGUAUGCGGUUGUUAACUAUUUAAUAAUAACAGACAAAUUUCCUUUAUAUAUGAUAUGGGUGCAGGAACAAGUGAAAGAAAAAUUUGUAUGGCUUAUGAAGAGACAUUAUUCAGACAUUACAGCUUGUGAAGAGAUGUUACUCAUUAUUGAUACAUUUCAGUCAUUGAAAGAUAUUCAACUUCAUGUGUAUCAUGAGCCUACUAUAAGUGUAGUAUCUAUAUGGUCCGAAGAUAUUGUAGCUGCGAAGAAUUUAGCGCUAUCUUUAAAUAGUCCUAUAAUAUUGAUAAAUUCAUACAUGCAUUUCUCUGGUACUGCUGUGCUUUUCCCUUAUGAAGAAAUGUGUGAGUAUACAAAAAAGCAGGGAACCAUAAAUGACAUUCGCAAACAAAUAUCAGAAUCGGAUUCAACUGAUACAGAACACAGUGUAAAUGUAGUACACCUCUCACAUAUCGCGGAAAUAAACUUUAAUUUAAUUUGUGAUCUGUUUUACGACGGUACCUGGCAGAAACCUGUAAAGGGCAUGUAUUGGAAGCAUAAUGACUACCUGUGGGCAAAUGCAACAAAGUAUGAAAGUAUACGUUUUCUUGAUCUUAUUAACUGCAAUAAUAGUUCUUGUAUUUGAAAAAUUGAACAAAGACACAUUGAACUUUUAAUCAAUUAAUGUAUCGUUAUUAUAGCGACGAUAUUAUAAGAUGCUAUGAGUCAGCUGAGAAAGGAUUCAAAACUUGGAGUAUCAAGUCCGUUAAGACUAGAAUACAAAUAUUAUCAAAACUUGCGUCCAUGUUAAAACUUAAUGGGUAUUUUUUGAGUUAUUGAAAACUUCUUAUAUGUUUUUGUAAUAUUCUACUUAUGUUUGCUUGAUAACUUUUCAACAAUUAUCUUUUGUUUUUUUCUUUUUAGCAAACUUGUAUUGGCAGCUAUAGUCACAAGAUGGUUAAAAUUCCCAUAUUUAUUUUGUAUAGAGGGAUAUCUGUCUCGAAAUGCAGAAGUAGAAAGAACGAUAGCUCGUGUGCCAUUAGGUGUUAUCAUUCUUAGGGAGGAAAAUGAAAGCGUUUUGUUUUUUCGAUUAAUGCAAACUUUAAUUGCUGGCAACUCUGUCAUUGUCAUGUUUGGUGCAAAUUUCUGUGAUCUGUCACCAUAUUGUGAUAUGUUCUCAACAUGUGGAAUACCUCCAGGCGUUAUAAAUUUGUUGUCACAUGAAGAUACAGAUAUAUUGGGGUAUAAAUUAUGCUCACAAGUAAAGUAUACAGACUAUGCGGAUGCGAUUUUUUCAAAAGGCAACUCUAAGGACACGUAUAUUAAACCAUAUAAAAAUCUUACUAUAGAGAAGAAUAUUAUACUGUAUCUUAAAUAACUUUUACGACGUAUGGCAGUGUUUAUAUGUACGCAAGUAUAAUCAUCUUGAUAUACUUCAGUAUUAUGAUUUUAGGAGAAAAUUUUUGUUUAAGCAGCUGUUAAAAAUAGAGCUGAUAAUUAGACGAUUGUAUUACGUUUUGUAUAGAUAAAGGCUAUAAAAAUUGACUCAGAUUAUGUUUUUAUUCGUAUAAUAUUUUUAUUUGUAUAUAUAAUGUAGAAAGUUGUAAAAUUUAAAAUAAAGCAAUAUUAUUAUGAGAAACUUAUUACUUUCAGUUGCACAGACUAUCGUUUCUAAAAUAAUAUACAGCGUUUUCCGCAUCGAUUUUCAACAAUAAAAAAUAAAUAAAAAUGUUUUGUUUCUUUUCUCUUUUCGAAA